CGCGGCGGCGGCGGCGGGGAGAGCAAUGGAGGCCGUGGCCGCCUGAGAGGCGGGUGCGCUGCCGGUGCUGCUGCGGAGGCUGCUGGUGCCGCGGGAGCGCCGCGGACAUUGCACUGGCGCCCGCCGCCCGCGCGGGAUCGCCACCGCCAUCUAGCCACUUUCCCAGCCCCGGCUCCCGGCCGGGACGUCAGUUCACAAGAGCAGUGAUUCCCAGGCUUUCUCAACAAUGUACCCUAUUUUGGGGCGCACUUACCACUGAGGAUAAAUUCUUUUUACAAGAAGAAAAUUUUGGAGAAGAGCUAUAUACAAGGAAAGGACGUAUAGCUAUUCAGAGAGACAAGAAGAAAGGAGGCAAAUUCCAGCCUUUUAAGAAGUUGUUCGGCAAAAGGAAAAAGAAAGGCACGUCGGUAUCCCAGGAGGCGUCUGCGGGGCGCAAGUGUUGCUCUCCCCAAAGUGUCAGCAAUGGAGCCUUCUCUUCCGACGAGGAGACCCUGGAGAGCAGUCUGAGGUCCUUCAACUAUUCUAUGGGAACCCGGGCAUUUUCCCAUGACAGUAUUUUUAUCCCUGAUGGGGGAGCAGAAAGUGAGCAGACAGUUCAAGCAAUGUCACAGGACAACAUCCUGGGCAAAGUCAAAACUCUUCAGCGACAGUUGGGCAAGAACAUCAAGUUUGGGCAGCCACCACCCAACGCCAUUCCCAUGAAGAAGGCAGACAGUGGCGAGGCUCGCUUCGAAGAGGACCCAUUCCUCACCAGUCCUGUGGAAGUUGUGACUCAGCAAGACCUCAUCCUCUCAGACACCGAGAACAAAUCCAGUGAGACGCCAAGUUCUCCAAGUCCUCUGAAUCUGCCCGGAGCCAGAAGUGAGAUGGAAGAGAAGGUUGCUCCAGUUAAACCGUCCCGGCCCAAGAGGCACCUUUCUUCUGCUGGCACCAUCGAAAGUGUCAACCUGGAUGCCAUCCCCCUGGCCAUCGCUCGACUGGAUAACAGUGCCGCCAAGCACAAACUGUCCAUUAAGCCAAAAAACAAGAGGGUGUCAAGGAAGCACAGGCGACUUGUCGGGGAUCGACAGAACGAGCACGGUGGCCUUCUGCAUCAGCUGUCCCUGGACCAGAACGGACACCCUGGAGAAGACAAGCCAAUCUGGCAUGAAGGAGAGCCGGAGCCGCGGGACUCAGAGGAAGAGAAGCGACGCCAGGAAGAAUACUGGCGGGACCUUGAGGCCAAGUGCAAACGGCAGAAGGCCGAAGCUGCGGAGAGGCGACGCCUGGAAGAGCAGAGGCUCCAGGCUCUGGAGCGGAGGCUUUGGGAGGAGAAUAGAAGGCAGGAACUCUUGGAGGAAGAGGAGGAGGAGGAGGAGGAAGAGGAGGGAGAGGAAAGAGAAAUACAGCUAGAGGCAAAGAAGAGGCAGUGCGAAGAAGAGACACGGAGCCUGGAAGAGCCGGGUUCCCAGGGCCCAGAGCAGAGGGAGGAAGAGGAAGGAGGACCUCUGGGAGGCCUCCCAGAGGCCGAGGAGCCCGUGUGCCCGGAGGAAGAGGCGCAGCACCUGGGGAGAUGUUUGGUGCAGGAGGAGAUGGAGGCUCAGAGCCGGCAGGAGGCCGAGAACCUGCGACAGGAGGAGGAGGAAAGAGAGUUGGAGGAACUCCGAAGACUGGAGGAGCUGGAGGAGCAGGGGCGGAGGGCAGCCGAGAGGCAGCGGCUGGAAGAGGAGGAGAGGCAGCGGGAGCUGGAGGAGGAAAAACGGAUGGAGGAGCUCAGGAGGCAGGAGGAGCUCAGGAGGCAGGAGGAGCUCAGGAGGCAGGAGGAGCUCAGGAGGCAGGAGGAGCUCAGGAGGCAGGAGGAGCUCAGGAGGCAGGAGGAACUGGAGGCCCAGAGAUGGCGGGAGGAGGAGGAGGUGAGGAAGAGGGAAGAACUGAAGAAGAGAGAAGACUUGGAGGCCAAGAAGAGGCAGGAAGUGGAGAAGAAGCUUCAGGAAGCACCGAGAGUGGAAGAGGAGAAUCAGCCGCAGCUGGACUACAAAAGCGGCUUGAGGAGCCCAUUUCAGAGCGACUUAGCAGAGAAAGCAGAAGACCAAGAUCACCCAAAACUUGGAAAGCUGAGAGAAAACUCCGAGAAACCGAGUAUUUGGGUGAAGCAGAGCCAAGAGGCCACUGAGACAUCGGGGGAGCAGCCCAGAAAGCCGGAGGAAGUUCCUGGGGAUCGUGGUUGUGGACGGCAGGAAAUGAGGGAAGAAACCAACAUGCAGCCUCCCCAGAAGCAAGAGGCCCAGGUGGAAGAGAUGCUGGCGCCAGGAGAGAAGAAGGAAGCUGCCACUCCAGAAACAGACAGAAAGGUGGAGGAACUCAGAUGGCAGGAGGUGGAGGAGAGGCAGACCAUGCCCAGACCGUACACUUUCCAGGUGUCAUCAGGAGGGAAACAAAUUCUUUUCCCCAAAGUCAAUCUGAGCCCGGUGAAGCCCAUGAAAGAUGAGGGGCUCACCUCAGCUCCCCAAGAGCCCAAGGCCCCCAAAGCCAGCCCAGCCUCCCACGCCCUGCCCUCGACCCUGAGCAUCCCCCACACGGCCAUCCUGGUCACCGGAGCCCAGCUCUGCGGCCCGGCUGUCAACCUGAGCCAGAUCAAGGACACUGCGUGCAAGUCUCUCCUGGGCUUGUCGGAAGAAAAGAAGCUGGUGGAUGUCCCAGCCCUGGAAAACCCACCCCGAGCCCUGGGGGAACCCCGGGCAGGCAGUGCAAAGACCAGGCCCCCACCAGAGUCUCCAAGCAGCACAGCCGCGCUCGCUGAAUGGGCUUCCAUUCGAUCCCGAAUCCUAAAGAGCUCGGAGAGUGACCAGCGUGGUGAGAGAGAGCAGUCUCGGGCUGGGGAUGAGCACACGCCCAGGGGCCGGUGUGAUUCCCGUGGAAACCUCCGGAGGACCCCGCCCGUAAAUGCCAAAUUCUCCAUUAAACCUGCCUGGCAAAAGUUCUCUGAUGGCGGCGGGGAGGGCUCCAGACCCAGCACGGAAGGGGAGAGCAUCAGGAAAAGAUCCGGGCCGGGACCCAGUGAAGAGGCCGUGCCCCAGCCCCCUGCUGCUGAUACUAAAGAGGCCCUGAAAGAUGCAGAGAAACCCAGGGCGCACCAGGAGCCAACGGACACCACAGAGGGGUGCAAAUUUGCCAAAGACCUUCCAUCUUUCCUCGUCCCAGGCCUCCCUUACCCUCCACAGAAAGCAGUGGCCCCGGUGGAGCCCGUGACCACUUCAGAUGGCCAGACCACAGAUGGAGCAGGAAAGUCAGAAUCCAUGACGCCAGGUGGGGAGGAUAAAGCUUCCCUUUUCGGAAUAAAAUUGAGAAGGACCAACUACUCCCUGCGCUUCCACUGCGACCAACAGACAGAACAGAAGAAGAAGAAAAGGCACAGCAGCGCAGGGGACAGUAUCGAUGGGGCGCCGUCGGCCCCAGGGAGCGCUCGUGGAGAGCCAGAGAUGGAGGCUGCAGCCCCCAAGCCUGGCCCCUUGCUCCCUGCAGAGAGGAAGCCAGCCCCAGCCCCCUGGAAGGACUCCUCUGAAAGCCCUCCCAGCCUCUCUCCUCCUGCGGCCCAGCCCAGGCCCCCACUGGCCGGCAGCCAGCCCCCGGCUCUGGAGCAGGACAAGGUGGCCAACAGGUUGCCCCUGGCCCAGAAGCCAGCCCUGGCUCCCAAGCCCGCAGGCCAGACCCCACCACCCUCCCCGCUCUCCAAGGUGAGCAGGCCCUACUUGGUGGAGUUGCUGACUCGCCGGGUGGGGAAGCCCGAGCCGGAGCCCAGCGAGCCGUGCAAGGAGGGCCGGGACAGAGGCUGGCCGCCCUCGCCCCCACCGCCUGAAGAGAGAAAGGAGCAGAAGCGGGAUAAAGAGGAAGAGGUGGAAACUGAGAGGAAACCCGCUUCCCCGGUGCCAUCUGCUGGGCAAGAGAAGCCUGCCCCAACGCCCGAGGCGGGGAGGAAAGAAAAGCCAAUGCUUCAGAGCAGACACUCCUUAGAUGGCUCCAAACUUGUGGAGAAGGUUGAGACCGCGCAGCCACUGUGGAUAACGCUGGCGCUGCAGAAACAGAAGGGGUUUCGGGAGCAGCAGGCAACUCGGGAAGAGAGGAAGCAGGCCAGGGAGGCCAAACAGGCAGAGAAGCUCUCCAGAGAACAUGUCAGUGUCACCCCACAGCCUGGAAGCAGCAGCGUCAGCAGAGCUGGUUCCCUGCACAAGCCCACCACUCAGCCAGAAGAGAAGAAGCCAGAGACACCAGUGUCCAGGCUUGAGCGCAGAGAACAACUCAAAAAGGCCAACACUCUUCCUACAUCAGUGACAGUGGAGAUCUCGGAUUCAGCUCCCCCAGCACCACUGGUGAAAGAAGUCACAAAGAGGUUUUCCAACCCAGAUGCUGCCCCCGUGUCAACAGAGCCAGCCUGGCUGGCUUUGGCCAAAAGGAAAGCCAAGGCCUGGAGCGACUGUCCGCAGAUUAUUAAGUAAAGAGUGACUCUUAUCCAUUCUUAUUGCAGUCAUUGGCUCUUCUCUUGCCCUUUUUAUUUAUUUAUUUUUUAUAUGAGGUAAAGAAAACCAAACUGGGAAAAAGAAGCAUGUUUUAUAGGCUCUAAAAUAAUGUUUAGAAACUGAACUGGUGGUGUUCCUUGUAAAGAGUGUAUUUGCACAACCCUAGGUCCUGGUGCCUUGAGCUCCUCCUAGUUUUGAAGAGAAAAUUCCGUCCGAGGGACCACAUGAAGUAAAAUCUCUCGACUAAGACCUCACAAGAGCCUGCCAUGGCCCUUCCACACACACACACCCGCACACCAUUCAGAACAUGCCCUUUUGCCAGCCUUUGUAAUAUUAAUGGUUUUCUUGAUUCUUUACUCCAGUUUCUUUUCUCUGAACCAUUUAUUUACCAUGUGCUUGGGGAUUUCUACCCUUUUCUAAAGUCUUAGUGAAAGGACAAGGAUGCCUAUUCUCCUGAAUGCAGCCACUGGGAACAGCAAGGUAAAAGUCUGUGUUCCAACUCUGUGCCCGUCUCUGCUUCUCAUGAUUUUGCCCCGGCUGGAAACUAACACAGCGAGUCCGUUCACUCUUCUGCUGUGCUGUUGAGCUACGGGCCCUGUUAGACGAGAACUCUCCUUAGGGACAUGUUAACCAUUUGGCCCAGCUGGCUCCUAGGGAACAUUUUUAUUUAAAUGUUUAAAUAAUAAAUGAUUAAAAAAAAAAAAAAAAAAAAAACUACAAAUUCUCUGUCUCUGAGAAUCCCCAUUUAGUAUAGUUGUUCUUAACAAGUUCAGACUCUAUCCCAGACCUACUCAGAGAGCCUGUAAGGAUGGGGCCAGAUUGUAUAUAUUCUGGUAAGAACUCUUCAGCUAACUUCUGAUAGAUCACAAAGGGUGAGAAGUGUUGGGUACCCUGCUUCUAGUGCUACCUACUUUUUAAAACUCGGAAGGGGAGGCUCACUUCACCCAAAGCAGCAAAAGUGAGACAAGAAAAAUAAUAAAACAACCUCCAAACCAUCCAUUUAUUACGGAGUGUAAGAGCCUACAACAUUACAUGUCUGAAAAUCUCUGAAGUCACUAGGGAAAGUUAACAGUAAGACAAGAUUUGAAGCCUUUUGUACUAAGGACUUGCUGUGGGGAACUUCUUUCUUUACCAUAGCCAAGUAAUUCAUAUUUAGAGUCAAAUGUUCAGUAGCACUAAAACAUCUCAAGAGUUUUAAGUGGCCUUGUUAUUAUAUACAUGAGAAUUUUUUUUUUAAAGGUGUGGGGGGGCUUGGCAAUUUAAAAGCCACAUAUAUUCACUUUAAUUUCCCUAAAUUUGCUUUACAUGAAACACAGAGCAAACCCACACAUUGCUAGUACUUAACUUACAUUUCAUGAUGUUGACAUAUUCCCUUUUUCUUCAAUUCUGACUUCAAAAUCUAAAUACAAAUCCUUUGCUUAGUGCAGCAGGGGAAGGAAUUACACCCAUUUUUUUUCUCCUAAAAAACCACAUUUUAUUAGUAUUUUAUUAGUAUCAUUUUCCUUUAUGUUUAUGCAAUGACAAUGUGCUGUUAUUCUACUAUGUAUCUUAAAGGAUGAGUGCAAAAAUAUUUACUGUAUACAAGGCAUUUUCUUUCUGGAAACAAUGGCUCAGCCUUAUGGUAGUACCUGGUAUGUGUGGUGAAGUGGAUAGUUGUACUUUUGCAAGCUGGAGUUAACAUAUAUAGUGGACCUUCAAACUGUUAAGAAUCAAUGGGACGUUAAUUUUUUUAAUGGCUAUGAGACGCAAUUAAUAUUCCACCGCACGUUUUCCACACUGUUCAUUUCUAAAUCAAAUAUGUAGGCAUUUGUUACCUUCGAUGAUUUCCUCACAAAUAUAACACUUUCUUAGUAAGAAUCUUUCCACUUAGAGCCCUAGAAUUAUAGUGCUACAUUAAUUCUUCUGCAUUGACUUUUUCUUUCAUGCUGUCAGCUUUGAAUAACAAUCACAGUAAUGGCAGAGAACAGGUGAAGAAAUCAGGUCAUUGACGAAGAAUGGUAGAUAAGUCAAGUCUGUACUGGCUUACCACUGAGCCGAUGCAAAGGAGGAGAAAUACCUCAGUUAAAAAUUUUCCAUCAAAAUCUUUAAAAGAAGAGUAUACUGAGGAAAAGACAGUCAUAGCACUUACUUCCAACAACUUCUAAAGGCUACAUGUUUAAUACUUCAUGUAAAAAUUACUCCAAAUUUGCACUAAAUACCAAUGAAGUGUUAUUUUUCUUUAUUGUGUUGCAGUCUUUUCUGAUCAACAAACUAUGGGGGAAAUUCUGUAAAGCAUAUAAGAAUUCAAGACUUUUAAAAGAAAUGAAUGAUUGCUAGUUACAUUCACAAGCUUUUUUUUUUUUCUUUUUUAAUUUAAACAAACAUACACUUCUGGCAAGGUUAUAGAUGAUUAACCUCUGUUCAUAAGACUUAAAUAUACAAAACUAGAGGGUUUUUUUGUUUACUUUUUUUCAAGUGCAAUUGUUUCUUAUACAUGUUACUAUUAAAUUAUCAUUUUAGCCAGUUAUUAGCAAAUUGUAGUAUGUAUUGUCUCUUCUUGUGACGUUUAGUUUUAAUUGCUUAUUUUAAAGCAGAAACAUUAGAAUUACAAGUGUCUGGCAAUAUUUUUAUCAACAAUAAAAUGAAGUAGACUUAACAAUGAAAAUACCUUAGUGUGAUUUUAAUAUUAUUUUGAGAUUUUGGUUGUAUAAAGUUUUAAUGUAAAAUGUCCAUUAUUGAAGGAAAAAGACCUUUCAAUAAAAAAUACCCACAAG